GGAUGUGCCAAAUUACGUCGUUUAUUGGCUCUGAGGGUGCGUCAAGACUUCCCCAGUCUCCUUCCUCAUGCAUCUCUUUUUGAUGGAAAAGAGGUGGCAAUUGGAUCUGAAUUUUCUGCGGGCACUUUUGUUCCGCAUUCACCACCACCAUCACCACCACCACUGCCACUACCGUCGCCACCGUCUCUGUCCACAUCACGAAUCGCCUUCACAGCAGAGAGCUUGCCGGCAUGUCGCAUGGACCGACCUGAUCUUUAUGAGGCGCGCCAGUGCAACGCUCUUGAUUGUUUUUGCGUAAACGUCACCACCGGCGUCUUUCUGCCUGGCACGCGAACCAGCAUUGAGGAUCUGGUCGAUUGUAGCACCGGUAGGAUCAAAACCCUUUUCUGCACACUGGCUCUUUUUACUGCAUAA